CUUAUGCUCACUAGAUUUCUUGUGAAAACAACUGAAGAACUGAGGGAGGUGGGGAAGGAAGAAUCUUACUUCAUUUCAGAAGAUACUUUUCUGUCUGACAAAAUGCCAUCCAGGCGAAAAACCCUGAUGUUUGCUUCUGCAUCUUUCACCAGCAUCUGCUCUUUUGUGAUAGUUUGUCUUGUCCUUGCAACCAAAAACUGGGUCUCAAGUAAGAUCAACUACACUGAGGGAAAUUCCACAGUGCAGAUCCUCCUUACCUAUGGACUCUUUGAGGGGCUUUGCUCAAGAAAUGUGCAACAUGGAAUUAGUAAACCAGACACCAGUUUCCAAGUUACAGAUAUUCUGGAAAAUACCACAAUGAAGACUUUCAACAUUGUAAUUAUCUUUCUGCUAGUUCUUAACCUGUUUAGCACCUCCCUCAGCUUUGGGUUUACAUGCUACAAUGCGAUUAGCAACCCCUACCAAACCUUUUUGGGUCCUAUUGGAGUCUACACCUGGAAUUGCAUCUCUGGCAUCUGCUCUCUUCUGAUAUUGAUAUUGUUUCCUGUGAAUGUGGAAGUGAACAAACUAUCUCUUGAGUUGGCUGUCAAGCACUGCACAUCUUCAAGAGGACUCAAGCCUUCCAACACUUAUGGAUAUUCAUACUGGAUUGUUCUUCUUAUGGCACUUUUGAAUGCUGUGACUGUCAUCAUAAUUGUAUUCUACCAACGAGCAAGGUAUUCCAAAAGGAAGGAGCAGGAAAGACCUAUGGCAAGUGCACCAAAAGAUGGCAUCUUAUUUUAGUGGGAUCACUUUUCCGGUUUUGUUUUUAUACCAAGCGCCUACUUCAUGUUCAGGAGUCAGCCACCAGUUAGAUAUAUGCAUGGACUAUGGA